UAUGACAUCAACUGUCAAUACAACAAGCACUUUUGGGUUCAGGUGGAUCAAAGCCAAUUUCUUGAAAUGGUUCCAGAAUUGACCAUCAUUCCUGGAAUUGGGUUGUGGCAUGUCCAUGGACAUCAGGACAGCUGCUAUGUCCAAUAUGCAUCAAAUUUUAUUGAAGGCAUCAGUCAGAUUGAUGGUGAGAUCAUGGAGAUCCCAUGGUCACAUCUCAAC